GGCAGGGGGAGUACGAAAUUUCGCUGGUCUAAAUUUAAGUCCCACCCUCGCCGGCUCGCUCCGCCGCCCGUGUCUGCCCCUCCCUCCGCCGAGCAACCCUCUAUCAUGCUGAGAGCCAUCGCUCGCCUCCGAACCCCACUCCGGUCGCUGCCCAAACCCACUCCCAUCUUUCCUUUUUCUCCUCCUUUGCCUCUCUUCUCACCGGCCCUCCCCUCGACACCUUCCUCCUCCGCUCUACUCACCGCCGCCUCCUUCUCCUCCAGCCGCCGGAGUAGAGAGGAGACCGAUCAAAAUGAGAUUCCAGCGGGCAGCGUCUCUAUCUUCGGUCGUGACCCCACGCGACCGCCGAGGCUGUUCGUGGUCCAGCCCCGCCUCCGCCCCGAUUCCCUCCUCAAAUCCAAGCUCGCUGAAGCUCUUAACCUCGCGAAUUCUCUUGAGGAGCCUAGGGAUGGAUUCUUCGAGGAGGAGUUUAGCGCCAAGGAGCGGCCUCCCCAUGUCGUUGUGCAGAACCCCGCUGCCAGAUCGCAGAGAAUGCAUUCGGACAAAUAUUUUGGACAAGGGACAGUUGAAAAUGUUAAAUGCCAUCUUACAGCCUUUGAAACAGAGAAUAACAUAGAUGCAGUUUUCAUCAAUGCAAUCCUUUCUGGGAUUCAGCAAAGGAAUUUGGAGGUUGCUUGGGGGAAACCAGUCUUAGAUCGUGUAGGACUUAUUAUUGAGAUAUUCAAUGCUCAUGCUGAAACAAAAGAAGCAAAAUUGCAGUCAGAAUUAGCAGCCCUUGUGUAUAAGAGGAGCAGACUUGUGCGAGUCCGUGGUUCAGGUGGCCGGCUGACUUUCGGGGGAAGUGGAGAAGCAGAAGUUGUCAGUGCUCGAGGGAGAGCAAGUGGAGGGCGUGGCUUCAUUAGUGGUGCUGGAGAAACUGAACUGCAGCUUCAACGCCAGAGAAUCCAGGAACGUAGAACUUAUUUACUAUCCCAGAUUGAGGAAGUUCGACGAACAAGGGCUUUGCAACGAUAUGCACGCAAAAGGCAUGGUAGUUCAUAUGGCCAUUCCUUGGCAACUGUUGCUGUUGUUGGAUAUACAAAUGCUGGCAAAUCUACAUUAGUCAGUGCUCUUUCCGAAAGUUAUGUGUACAGUGAUGAUAGGUUAUUUGCAACUGUGGAUCCUCGAUUGCGGAGUGUCAUUCUUCCAUCAGGGAAGAAAGUGCUUCUUAGUGAUACUGUUGGCUUCAUCUCAGAUUUGCCUGUACAGUUAGUGGAAGCAUUUCACGCAACCUUGGAAGAAGUGGUUGAAGCAGACUUGUUAGUACAUGUGCUAGACUCCAGUUCACCUGAUCUUGAUGAACAACGUGAAACUGUACUACAAGUGCUGAAACAGAUUGGGGUAUCAGACGAGGAGAUUCAAAAUAUGAUUGAAGUUUGGAAUAAAAUUGAUCUUCUUGAAAAUAAUGGUGAAGCUGAAGACUUUCACGAAGAAGAAGAAAGCACUGGUGAAGACACUGAAAAAUGGCAAGAGGAGGAUAUGGAUUCUGAUGGUUUAUCAGGUGAACUUAUAGAUGCUGAGGAUGAUGAGUGUGAUGAUCACCAGACUUCUGAACUUUCACAAGAAGAAACUAUGGAUGGUGCUGAUGACAUGGACUCUUCUGGGGACACGGAUUUCAAUGAUGUUCCCUCUGAACUUCCAUCUGAAGAGAGUCUGAAAAAUUUUGAUGUUCAAAAGGAUGAUGACUGUUUGGUAGAAUGGAAUAAUAAGAAGGAUACAAAAGAAAGCCAUGAAACCUGGGCAACCAACCGUGUGAAAAUUUCUGCAGUGACAGGAGUUGGCUUACAAGAGUUGCUGUAUCUCCUAGACAAGAAGCUAAAUUCAGAUAAACCCUCCGAACAGAAUACUUUUGGUCCUUACGAUAGGAAAUGGAGACCUUCAUAUUCUGCAGAUGUUGAAAAGGCUACAGAGCAGUAGUAGGUAUCAAUUUUCUUUGAAGAGAUGAUUGUCCCUCAAUGGACAUUCUUUAGGAACUCGAUUUGAAGAAGACAUAUAUCUUAAUGGAAAUUCACUUCAGGUGAUUGAAUCAUGCAUUGCGUUUCUUCCUAAAUUCUUUUGGUUCGUAUGGUAAUUCAAGGGUGAUGCUAUUGUUGCAAGCUGCAUCAAAACUGAAGAUUUAGGUUACAAAAGCCUGACCGAGAGAUUGUAAUAAAAAUGUAAGAUGUCUUUACAUUUUUGUGAUAACACAAAGGAUCCAUUACAUAUUUAAACUAAAGUUAAAUCGUCUUAUUAUUCCCCCA